AUGUUUACUUCUGAGGAGUGGGUUCGUAGUAGAUGGGCAAAGGAAGCAAAUGCUAAACGAGUAGUAGAAACGAUUUUGAUGCCUUCUUUUUGGAAUACUAUAGUUUACAUUCUUAAAGUUAUGGGCCCUCUUGUUCGGGUUCUUCGCCUUGUUGAUAAUGAGAGAAAACCAGCUAUAGGUUACAUAUAUGAGGCAAUGGAUAGGGCUAAAGAAGCUAUUAUAAAAGCUUUUAAUGAGAAUGAAGAAAGGACAAGAUCAUGGCUGAGCUACCCAUCUAUAAGAAAGCUGAAGGACUCUUUGGCAUCGAAUUGGCUAAAAGAUCAAGAAAGACAAGGGCUCCAAUGGAGUUUGUAUGGGAGCUCAACUCCGAAUUUGCAACAGUUAGCUAUAAGAAUCUUGAGCUUGACUUGUAGUGCAUGUGGUUGUGAGCGCAAUUGGAGUGUGUUUGAGCAGAUUCACACCAAAAAAAAGAAUAGACUUGCACAAAAACAACUAAAUAAUCUGGUCUUUGUGAAGUAUAAUCAAAAGAUGAAGGCACGAUAUGAUAAGCGUGAUGUUAUUGAUCCCAUCUCCUUAGAUGAUAUAGAUGAAAGUAAUGAAUGGUUGUUGGGGGAAAUGGGUGCUGAACCAUCUAUGAAUGUUGAAGAUGAGUUGGUUUUUGAUGAUGAUGAUGAUGGUUUGACAUGGGGUGUAGUGGCAAGAGCUGCUGAGGAAGAUGCUGAUUCUGAUUCUGAUGAGACCGAGGAAGAGAAUGUUGAUGGUUACAAAUCUGGUUCAAGUGGUUUUGAAAGUGAUGGAAACUUGAGUGAAGACUCUGAUGAUGACCUUUAG